AUUGAAUGAUACAAUUGUCCCAAGUUCUCCGAGUCGAUAUUAACCGCUACAACAGAGGGGGGCUUUCUUUUACUUUGAUUCUACGCAAACAUUGAAAGACAUCUUCCCUAGAAAGCUGCAGGACAGCCGACACUUGCAAUCUGGGGGGCUCUGCUACAUCGAGCGAAAAACGAAUCCUCAACCCUCAAUCUCGACCCCGAACACCUGAACACCACUCGUACCUGAGACCGAGCGUGUCCUCACUCCGAGUUAAUCUACGUACAUUACUACACACCGAGGGUGGGAGGGAUUGAGAAACGCGAAAAAAAAGGUGGAGGACACAUCUACACCGACCCCCCAAACCCUCCUCCUUCGUCCGCAAUGUCGCACGCACGCGUGGAAGAACUGUCCGACUCGGACCCUGACAUCGACGACCCCUCCGACUUCCUCCCACACUCGGACGAGCAAGUCAUCCGGCCAGCAAGCCAGCAGACCGUGUCCUCACUAGCAUCAAUAUCGACGCCUCCUUCGUCCACGUCGGGGACGAAUCCCACUCUGUUCCGCCCGCCGCCCGGCGGGUCUGCAACAUCAUCAGCAGCACCACCCCCACAGAUCCGGCAACAGACACGCGAGGAGAUCAAGCGGUUCCAGACGCUGUACCCGGUGUACUUUGACAGCACGCGGUCGAAGCGGCAGGGGCGGCGGGUGUCGGCGCAGCUGGCGAUCCCGAACCCGCUGGCGUGGCAGGUGCUGUGCGCGGUGCGGUUCGCGGUGGGCGAGGACGUGUUCCAGAUGGCCUUCGAGCCCGAGAAGACGCACCCCAAGGACUGGGCCAACCCGGGCCGCGUCAAGUUGCGGCUCAAGGACCCGGACACACACGCGCCCCUAGACAGCCGCAUCCAGAGCAAGGCGCACCUCUACACCGUCGUCGGCCGCUGGCUCAAGGAGCACCCGACGACCAAGGAGUCGCCGCUCGAGCUGAGGCUGCCCGGCCUCCCCGUCCCGGAGAACUUCCUCGAGUCCCCGGUCCCCGUGCCCCGCGGCUGGAAGAUGGGCUCCAUCCUCCCCGUGCAUUCCUCGGCCGUGAGCGGCGGGGGUGUCCGGGACGAUUUCUUCAAGGAGGCCAUGGAGGAGCUCCGGCACGCGCAGAGUCAGGGCCAUCUGCCCGCGGGUGGACCGGGAGGUGGAGCCGGUGGUGGAGGAGGCGGCAUGCCAGAUAUGAGUGCGCUACAGAACAUGAUGAACGGGAUGGGCGGGAUGGGUGGCCUUGGUGGAAUGAUGGGCGGCGGCGGUGGCGGAGGAGGAGGAGAGUCAGGGGGUAAGAAAAAGAAAGACAAGAAAAAGGGCUGAACUCUGCAGCGUUAUGUAUGUGAUUGCAGCGGCUCCGCCAUCAUCAUGGCACAAAAGGCAAUCCGAAUGUCAAGAUUCCUCGUCCGCAAAGUGGCCAGGGCUCAGUGCUCUGAGAGAGCGUCUUGUCUCUAUCCGCCCAAUGCCCUCUUCUGCCCAGCAACUCAUGCUGAACGCGUACCCAUGCAUCCACAGACUUUGGAAUCUAUCUUUGUACUGC